CCAAUGUCAAUCGGCCGCCCUCUCAGACCGAAGGGAGUUGCUUGCAUCUCGUACGUCAAGCGCAAAAUCAUCAAGGAUGAUGCGCAACUGCAUCGUUUUCGUCCUGUUGGCCGUGGUCACGGCGACCGCCGUCAAUCCUGCCCGUCGCUACUACAGCAAGACCGCGGACCUCGACUUCCUACACAAGCAGAAGAAGGUCUUCGACCUUUUUAUGUACGCGCAGCAAAAUGCUCUGACCGACACUGAGUACUUCGAGAUUGGACGCAACUACGAUGUCGCCAGCAACAUUGACCGCUACACCAACCGGGAAGCUGUCAUUGAAUUCCUGACGCUGUACAAGACUGGCACGCUCUCCAAGGACGCGCUCUUUACGUAUUACAACCAAGAGCACCGCGAAGAGAUGAUGCUGUUCUACCGUCUUCUCUACUUCGCCAAGGACUUUGCCACCUUCUACAAGACUGCAGCCUGGGGUCGCAUUUACCUCAACUUCGGUCUCUUCUACACAGCUUUCUCCAACGCCGUGUUCUACCGGGACGACACCAAAUACAUCAGCUUGCCAGCCAUUUACGAAAUCUGUCCCAAUGCUUUCUUCAACUCCAAGGUGAUCUAUGAUGCUUUCCACGCGAAAAUGAGCCGUGGGGGUCACUUCCACGGUUACGAUGUUGGCAUGAAGCACGGCGAAAGCACUGACAGCAUGGAGACUUACUAUGUCUAUUCCAACUUCAGUGACUACGAGUUCUACUCCAACUCAUAUUACGGAGAAGAAUACAAACUUGCCUAUUUCACGGAAAAUGUUGAUUUAAACGCCUACUACUACUACAGCCGUAUGACCUACCCAUUCUGGGUGAACACCAAGGAAUACAAUAUGGCCAGCAGCAUCCGUGGUGACUUCUAUUACUUCUUCCACAAGCAGCUGAUGAACAGAUACUACCUCGAAAGAAGCUCUAACGGAUUUAAACAUCUGGAAGACUUCAGCUGGAAUAAAAUGUAUCUGCCCGCAUACAACUCUAAAAUUCAAUACUUCAAUGGUGUUUUCAUGCCCAGUCGUGACUGGUGGAACUUCAUUCCAUCGUACAAAUCUCGUUACGUCGAGUACAUUCAGAAAUUGGAAAUCCGCAUAUACGAGGCCAUCGACUCUGGAUACUUCUAUGAUGAAAGUGGCAAACAGGUCAGCUUCAACACACCCGAAGGUCUUAACUACCUUGGUAACAUCAUUGAAGGUAACUACGACUCCUUCAAUCUCAAGUACUAUGGUUCCUUCGAUGUUCUCGCCCGUGAAAUUUUCGGCAUGAGCUUCGACAGCAAAUACAAAAACUACAAUGUACCAAGCUCCUUACAAUACUUCUCUACCAGUAUCAGAGACCCGGCUUUCUACAGAUUGUAUGCGAAGAUUCUCAACUUCUUCUACAGAUACAAGUCACUGCUCAACCGCUACACUAAGAGCGAACUGGAAUUCUCGGGAGUGAGGUUCGAAAGUGUGGAAGUUGACAAGCUCUACACUUACUUCGAAAACAGAGAUUACUACAUCAACAACGCCGUUUCCGUCGGAAGCUUCAAAGAGGGCAGGUCCUUCAACAUCAAAGCUUCACAACCUGUUCUCAACCACAGACCAUUCAGCUACAAGUUCAACAUUAACAGCGACAAAGACACGAAGGGCGUCGUGCGCAUAUUCUUGGGACCAGCUGAAUUUGAAGGAGAGAAAUUCGAUCAAUACUCAUACUUCAUCAACAACUACCAAUACUUCUUCCAGCUCGACGAAUUCGAAGUUAAUUUGAAGACUGGAAUGAACAACUUCGACCGUCACAGCAGCGACUUUUUCCUAUACAAGUCCGAAUACCUGACCGGUGACACCUACUACAGGAAAGUACAAAAGGCCAUCGAAGGCAACGAGCCAUUCACCUACAAUGAGCGCAUUUGGGGCUUCCCGUCCAACAUGAUCCUACCUAAAGGUACACCCGAGGGAAUGAGGUUCAAGAUGUUCUUCUACAUUGGACCGUACGAGGAACCCAAGAUGUUCGAAUUGCCAAUCUUCGGCAAAUACAAUUACUACGGAAAGUCCCUGGGCUUCCCGCUCGACCGACCAAUGAACCCAUACUUCUUCCAACUUGACAACUUGUACUUCAAGGAUGUCUUCAUUUACCACUCAAAUGACUACGAUUACAAAUACACUCAUCAAUAUUAAGGUCAUCGAAAAGAGAGAG